UUCUCUCAAAACCAUGUCUGGGCGCGGCAAAGGCGGCAAGGGUCUGGGUAAGGGAGGUGCUAAGCGCCACCGCAAGGUUCUGCGCGACAACAUCCAGGGCAUCACCAAACCCGCCAUCCGCCGCCUCGCCCGGCGUGGCGGUGUGAAGCGCAUCUCCGGCCUCAUCUACGAAGAGACCCGCGGGGUGCUGAAAGUGUUCCUGGAGAACGUGAUCCGGGACGCCGUCACCUACACCGAGCACGCCAAGCGCAAGACUGUCACCGCCAUGGACGUGGUCUAUGCGCUUAAGCGUCAGGGACGAAAAAGUCAAACAGUACUGUGGGUGUGUGGUCAAUCAUUCGUCAUGGCUCGUACUAAGCAGACCGCUCGGAAGUCCACCGGCGGCAAGGCCCCGCGCAAACAGCUGGCCACCAAGGCGGCCCGCAAGAGCGCACCGGCCACGGGCGGCGUGAAGAAGCCGCACCGCUACCGGCCCGGCACGGUGGCCCUGCGCGAGAUCCGCCGCUACCAGAAGUCCACGGAGCUGCUGAUCCGCAAGCUGCCGUUCCAGCGCCUGGUGCGCGAGAUCGCGCAGGACUUCAAGACCGACCUGCGCUUCCAGAGCUCGGCCGUCAUGGCGCUGCAGGAGGCGUGCGAGGCCUACCUGGUGGGGCUCUUCGAGGACACCAACCUGUUUACUGCGACAUUAGCCAUGUCUGGUCGCGGGAAGGGUGGUAAAGGGCUUGGUAAAGGUGGCGCCAAGCGUCAUCGCAAGGUCUUACGGGAUAACAUCCAAGGCAUCACCAAACCGGCUAUUCGUCGCUUGGCCCGCCGUGGUGGUGUGAAGCGCAUUUCCGGGCUAAUUUACGAGGAGACUCGCGGGGUGCUGAAAGUGUUUUUGGAGAACGUGAUUCGGGACGCUGUUACCUACACCGAGCACGCCAAGCGGAAGACUGUUACCGCCAUGGACGUGGUUUACGCACUCAAACGCCAGGGCCGCACCCUCUACGGCUUCGGUGGUUGAUCACGGCAUCGGCCGAGACAAACCUCGACAUCUAAAAAAAACAAAAAGGCCCUUUUCAGGGCCGCCCACAAACUCGCUGAA